AUGCACGCCGGACUCGCGAUCUUCACCAGCCCUCACAUGGAGUACAUCGAGUUCGCCAAAAAUUACACUGCGCUCGGAGAUGUCUACCGCGUCUACGAGAAGGAAGUGGCCGACGCCAUCUCCGAAGAAGCCCGCGCCUUGGAUCGGAUCCUCGGUCUGAUGAGCGGCACUGUCGAGGGCGACGCCGACGACCUCGAACGUGCGGAAUGGCGAUUCAGCAACCUGCGCUCUCUGCACAUGCUGGAGGGCGUCAGUGUCGUCAUGCUGCGCAGGAAGAAGGAGGCGCAGGCGGUUGCAGAUACUCACACCGUUGACUGCAAGGUCGACCGCUCUGCUUCCCCGACGUCCACCUCUUCCCCAGCGCGGGCUCCCAGGGUCAACUUCAAGCUCAGGUUGCCCGCGCUUCCGAAGCUUCCUUCGUCUUCAAGGAGGCUGCGGAGGAUGACGCGUCUGCUGCGGGGUUCUAAUCAAGUCCAAGUGCUUGAGAAGGAAGCCGAGGUGCUUGCUGAGCUCCAGGCCCUCAUCGAUCACGGAGUUUCCUUCCACCCCGAGCAGGUUGCGGAUCGGUACGCGGCAAGAUACGGGGAUGAGUACUACAUGUUCGUCCUCAAAGCCCUGGCGAGGCGAGGCUGCGUCUAAGGCGCCCUCGCGGAGCCUCGGGUGCGCGGCGGCGGCGCCCGAUGGCUCCUGGGACUAGGGCGCGAGUCCCACAGGCACCGUGCCCCUCCACGCGCUCGAAGGGGUCGACGUCGUCGGCGUCGGCCCUGGAGGAGGUGGUACCAUCCCCUAUCUUCCGCACGCCGCCGACACAAAAGCACAGAAGACGAAGCCGAUUCGGAGUGUGUCCGAGUCUUCGAACCGGUUGGGCCCUGGGUCGUUGUGGCGGACGUGGACAGGAGGGAGAGAACACCGGCGACGCUCUUUGAGCGCCGUUGGCCCGUUCUUUCUCGAUUCUUCCCGUUUGGUGAGGUUCGCGUCGUUGUGUGGAUGAAAAUGCCCAUGCGAUGUGUUUCCUCAUGCGACUUGGGUGUCCUUCGCGGGUUCGGAGAGGAGGGACGCAGUUGCUGAAAGACGUCCGGUCGAGAGCGGGACGCUGCGAUCGCCUGGGCUUCCUCCAGUAACCCACUGAUCUCCCUCGGCGACGUCGGUGCGCCAGCUUGCAGGCCUGGAUGUUCGGCCGAGUUCGGGACGCCGGGCUCGACGGACGUCCACGCGUCUGCCUCGAAAAAAGGGGGUUGGAUGGAGUUGGAAUGGGGAGAGUGGUUUAGAUAGCUUCUUAGACAGUCGUAGAUGAAUAGAUAGUCGUGGCACGGACACGGGAUUUUUCGCGCUUAGCGUUCUGACGUUUGCUCCCUUUUUAGCCUUUACAGCUGCCUCUGGUCCUCCUGG